AUGGUCAAGAUCGCCCUUCUCAACCUCACUCUUCUUGCCGCCCUGGCUCCCUUGGCCGCCGCAAGGAACUGCAAGGAUGGACUGAACUACUGUGGCUGGAACCUCUUGAACAUUGGCAAGUACGGAGCCCAGGUCAACGGCGCCCUCACGGCUGCCCACCAGCCCACCGACGACGCCCACAUCCGUGAAUCCCUCUUCCACUGCAAUGGUGGCGCCGACGGCGAUAUCUCCUUCAUCAAGUACUGCGGUGGUGGCUGCAAGAAUGGCGGCAAUGACCGCAGCGACUACUGCUAG